UCUCGGUUCCGUAUGUGCGCGUUUGUGUCACGGUCACCGCCGCCGCCGCUUGGGUCGUGUGAUCAUGAGUGUGUGUCGUCGGUGGGCUCGGCGUUGUUUAUCGUGGCGGCGUCGGGCUUUGUGAACGUGCGCGAGCUGGCGACAGCGACGCUCAUGGCAGCAGCGACAGUGGCACCAGGAACAACCCGUCGUGGCGGCGAGCCGGCCGGAGACCGCUGAAGAUCGCCGAGGCCGCUUCCUUAGGCUUACACUCGCGCACGCUGGGCUGGGCCGACGAGCCUCCUUUCGCCGCGCAGCAUGGGGGACAGCGGCAAACCUACGGCGCGCACGCCGAGUGCUCGGCCCGUGCCCAUGAAGCUGUUCGCCGCCUGGGAGGUGGACAAGACUACGCCCAACUGCAUACCCAGGCAAUGCUCAUUCACGCUGACCCGCCUGCUGUUACUUCGGCCUCUAGGCGGCGAGGUUUCUGCGAUCAGCAUAGCUGUAAGGAUGCAGAGCUCCAAGCGGACGCUGCGAUCCAAUGACAUCCAGGUGCCGAGUAGUGGACUGCUGGACACGGAGCUCGACCUCUCCUUCUCCCUUCAGUACCCACACCUGCUCAAAGGGGGUGGGGGCGGCGCCAACCAGUUGCUGGUGACGCUCCAGCGCCGCAAGCGAUACAAGAACCGUGCCAUGCUCGGCUACAAGACCAUCGCCACAGGUGCCAUCAACAUGGCCGAGGUGCUGCAGCGCCCGUUGGAUCGGGAGCUGGAGCUGCUCGCCUCGGAGGACACGGGCGGUGGUGGAGGAGGCGGCGCUGCUCCAGCCGCUGUUGGCCGGGUCCAGCUGGACUCCUUGAGCAGCCAGCCGGUGGAGCAAGAGCUCAAGGCCACUGGGCAGCACGACGCAGAGCGGUCAGCCACGGACGAGGAGUCGUCGUCGUCGUCCAAUGAGGAGGCAAGUGACAGCGAAGCAGCAGGCGACGAGCCGCAUAAUGAGGAAGCCCUGCUGCGUUGUCGCCGGCGGUCAUCCCAGAUGCGCAAGAGAAACAUCAAGCAGAAGUUCAUUGCCCUGCUGAAGAAGUUCCGGGUGCCUGACGCUGAGGCGUUUGGCACGGACCCGGGCCUGGAGCAGGAACUCCUGGAGAAGCCUGGCCUGCAGGAGCUGCUUCUGGACGAACUGGAGCUGUCGGAAGACGACAGCGGCGGCGCCGAGGACGACCUCAGCUUGUGCUCAUCGACGCCCAAGCCCAGCCUCAGGCCCUUCUUCUCCUCUGCCACUUUGGUGCCGCUCGCCGAUGAUGCACCGGGUCAGGACUCGGACAGCAUACAGGACACGGACGAGGAGAGCCCGCCUGCCCAGGAGGCAGCGCUGCCACCGCCGACACCCCGAGAAGAUGAUCGGCCCACACGACAGGGGUAUGUGCCAUUGAGCUUCGACCCUCUCUGCACUAUCGCCAGGAUCGGCCCACUUUUCAGCGGGACACCGCCACGACCACCACCACCACUGACACUUGCGGCUGGGGUGCAGCGGGUCCUGGAACAAUUGUCGCGCCUCCUGCCACCCGAAGAGUCGGCGCUGCCUGAGAAACUCAUCCUGGCUGAGGCACCACUGCCCCGACCACUGCCCUCGCUGCCUGUGCUGAUCCUGGGCAGUGCCGACCUGCGCGCUGCGUUCGGCGCCCUCGUCGGGCGGCUGCAGAAGUUCUGCCACUGCAAUGCAAGGCCCCCCGGCACCGUGCGCAUUGGAGUCCUCGGUUCAGAGGCCUUCCUGUCUGCACUGGCGCGCCUCUAUGUCGAGCAGCUAUCGGCUAAGCCGCCCGAGUGGCAGGCCUACCUGCGGUUUUUCCCGAUGCCGGCAACCUCCUCUGGUGCUACAAGUGGGCCCUUGCUACGGCACCUGUGUGCUGUGGACAACUGCUACGCCUCCCAAUUCUCGGAAGGCUGGCUGGACGAAGCUGAGCAACGGGCAGCUGACUACCUGUCCUCGGCACAUGCAACACUCCAGCUGCCCAUAGCCGAAGCCAUGAUCAACCACCGGCCACAGAACAGCUCAGAAGAAGAAUCCAGCCAGGUGUUUGUGCCCUUCAUAAGCGAUGUCAAGAUCGGUGUCACCGAAGGAGGUGGAGCAUCAUCGGUGGAUGUGGAGGAAUGCCUGGGCAGUUCUCCGCCAGCUGCCGAGAGCACAACCCCGCCGUCUUCGCCCAGCAUAGGGGGAACCGGUGUGGCCACUGCAGCCCAAAUGACCAGCUCUGCAUCGGGGGGUGGCACGUGGAGUCCGUGUGAGGCCAUGGAACUCCAGCUGGACUACUGGACUCUGCAGCGGAAAGGAGGCGCCGAACCCUGUCGCUUCUCUCUCAAGGGCGCCUUCCGAUCACUACAGGUGUGGCGGCUGGCAGUCUCCGAAAUGCUUGGCCCCUGCCUCAGUUUGAGCUAUGUCACAAGAGAGAAGAAGCAAAAGAUCAUGCGCCUGGGCAAGAAGAAGGAAGGCGAGCGGGAAGCGAGACGCUGCCAGCAAGUCGAAGGCGUGCAGCGACUCAUCUGCUCCUGUCGCAACCUGCAACCACCGCUCAGAGUGUCCAUCGACGGUGUGGAGUGGACGGGCGUCAAGUUCUUCCAGCUGAGCGCCCAGUGGCAGACGCACAUCAAAUACUUUCCCAUCGGCCUCUACGUCGCGCCCGAGCCGGCCCACUGACCAACCCACACCCCCCACUCUUCCCUGCACCCGCCUGACCCUGGCCCCUAUUUAUUGACUAGCCUAUUUAUUGCCUACUCCUCAGCGCCUGUUAGUGUUGAUUGUUUCCCCACCCACGUGAUUCUCUUCUUCUAUCCCAGUCUGCUGUUGUGUGUUUUGUACAGUGCUCUGGAAGCGUACGAUACGUCAUCCCUCGACCCCCGUGAGCAGCCGUCCAGUGUGCGAUGCUGCGAACGGCGUAGUUCAGUGUGCGCAGCGCCGACUAUGGAAUCGAACCCUGCGUGUUUGCGCGAGGCUCGAUCUGCGCGAGGGCGCUGCCCACGUCCAGCUACGCGCAAUAGCGCUUGAAUAAAAUGAUUGUGUACAUUA